AUGGAGAAUAGCACCCUACGCGCUCCGAGCGGGCUAGGGUAUGUCCCAGACCUUCAGGCCCCCCGGGGGUCUCAGCGAAUUGUCACCUAUCUUUGCUUGUUACUUCCGGCAUAUUUGAUUCUCGUAUCCCUGCUUCGAUUUCGCCAUGCACGGUGGCUGCGCCAGAAAUACCACUAUCCCACUCGGGAGUCCUUCUCUCGUAUGACCGACGAUGACGCCUGCGCGAUACAGAAAGCACUGGUUCGGCUGGAAUUUCCCUUUUUCUACCUCAAGUCUCUCCAAUUUGCUCUCUUCCGGACUUAUGGCAUCCCGACUAUCUCCAGGACGCUCACAAACACGACCCAGUUCUCUAACCCUGAGACAGCCCUGAAGCGCUACGCUGAUACCGUCGCCUUAGUCCAGGAAUUCAUAGGCCACGCACCAACCUCCAGCCGUGCCUGUGCUUCUAUUGCACGCACGCGCUGGAUCCACAGCAGCUAUCGUGCUUCCGGCAAAAUUCUAGAAGAUGACAUGCUGUACACACUUGGCCUCUUUGCUACUCAACCGAUCGAAUUCGUCGAGAAGUAUGAGUGGCGGAACCUGAGUGACCUUGAGAAGUGUGCCAUUGGUACCUUCUUUAAAAGCCUAGGCGAUAGUCUAGACAUUAGUUAUGAUGCUCUCCCGUCAGGCAAGACAGGAUUUCGCGAUGGCCUCCAAUGGCUGGAGGAAGUCAGGACCUGGAGCGAAGAUUAUGAGGCUCGUUGCAUGGUACCCAAUGUGAAGAAUCGCGAGAUUGCCGACCAGACAAUUGCGAUGUUGCUGUAUAUGGUUCCGAAGCCUCUACAAAACAUCGGGUUGAACUUUGUUACGUUUAUGAUGGACGAUCGUCUGCGGAAAGCCAUGCUGUUUGACGCUCCCCCAACGUUUCAAGCUAUGUUAUUCUCGUUCUUGUUAUCCGCUCGUCGGUUCGCCAUGCGGUACCUGGCACUUCCCCGUCCAUACUUUCUGCGGUAUACCAGCUAUACCGAGGAAGUAGAUGAGAAUGGUCGCAUCUUUAUGGUCAACUGGGAUGCAGCACCCUACUAUGUGAAGCCUACUUUCCGGAACCGCUGGGGCCCAGUUGCUUGGCUGACUUGGGCGCUUGGUCGACCUUUACCGGGAGACGAAGGUACCAAGUAUUAUCCGCAAGGAUAUUAUACCCCUGAUGUCGGCCCUAAGUAUUUCGAAGGCAAGGGCCGUCGGGGUAUGGAGGAUAUCAUGAGAGAGUUGGAGAUCACCCGACGGGGUCAGUGUCCUUUUCUUUGA